AUGCAAUUAAAUAAUGUGAAAAAAAACGAAAAUCGAUUUUUAUGGAGAUUGAUUUAUCUAACAAUUAGGGCCAUUUAUAAAUAUAAAAUAGAUAUUGGAGGAAUUAGAGUGUUGUUUGUUUUUUUAAACUUUGUUUAUGUUGGCUCAUUGCUGUUUCCAAUAGUUAAAUUAAAAAAGGUCGUAACUGUGAAUUAACAAUCUAUUGUUAGUGAUUUAGAUUACCUCAAUUCUUCCAUAAUUAAUCAAGUAAGCUGGUAUGAAGGGUACAAGUAUCUGUUUAUUAUAUUUCGUCCUACUUUAAUUCUUCAUUUCAAUGAAGAUAAUAGUUUAAACUUUAUUUUAUCAGUAAUAAUUAUGGUUUUUUUAGUAUUCUUAGUAUUAGGCACAGUCAUAAAUGUAUUAAAUACUAGAAUAAAUUAAGAGUACUAGUUUUUAUUUAUGAAAUAUGUCCUUUUUGUGGCAAAUACAAAUAAUUAUUAUGUAUUGAUGCUAACCACAGAAAUUUAAAUUACCAUAGGCAUUCAUGGAGGUUUUGGCAAUGGUGUAGAUAGCAGCUUUUAAAACAACACAAGUUCACAAAUGGCUUCUAGAGUUAUCUGCUUAGUUACUCUUCCUUUAACAUAUAUUUUAGCUUAAUACAGCAUUUUGUAUGGUGAACAAUGCUUAUCGCACUAAGAAUAUGGGCUCUACAGAAAUAAUACUAACACUUUAGUUGCUAAUAUAAUCAUGAAUAUCAAAUUUGUAUAAGCAAUAAUUAUUGGAAUAGAUCCUAAUUACUAAAGCUCAUUCACUUUUCUUAUAUUUAUUUUAUCAUGCGUAGUAUUUAUCAUUCUUAAAUAUUAUGAAUAUUUUUUUGAUGUUCCUUUUAGCACUUUUACAGUUUAAGAUUGGUAUUUUAGCAUGAUAAAUUAGGCAUGUGUAAUCAUAGUAUUAUGUUUGUUUAAAGAUAAUUCUUAUUUUUAAGCUAACUUUGAAUAUACUCCUAACAUACUCAACCCUCAAAUGUUUGCUUUGAUACUAUUCCUCUCAUCUCUUAUUUAUCAUAACUUAGCAAAUAAAUUAUGGGAAAUAUAAAAAAGGAAAUUUUUAUUUGACAAUAUCUGCGAAGAAUCUAUGUUUAAAAAAUCAGAGCAUAGAAAGAUAUGCAGAAAAAUAAAUAUGCUGAUUGCAAAUUAAGACUGCUCCAUGAAAGACUAAGCAAUAUAUUAUAUGGGAGUAUUUAAUAGACAUCAAAAAUACUGUAGAGACUAAUUUUGCUUUUGCCAUAGAAGUUAAUUUACUAAAGGUGUUUAAGAUAAUUAGUUACUUCUAAGUAAUAGAGUUUAUGAAUAGCUAAUUAGGAUGUAUAUUAGAAAUGAUUUAAGACUCAUAGAUAUAUUUAAUCAAAAAGAGGACUCAUUUUAAUUUUUAAGAUAUAUGGACCACUUUUUAUCUGUAAAAAAACAUACUUUUGCAUUGUGUUCAAUAAUUGAUGUCUAAAUUGAAUAAGAAAAAAUGAAAAAAUAAAUGAAUUUGAGAACUCAAGCUAGUUUAGAAGUUAUGCUUCAGAUUAUAAAAGAGACUAUGUCAAUUGACAUCAAAAAGGGUAUAGUAGACCUUACUGUAGAAUAGACUUCAAGAGCUAUUGAGAUUUACAUACAAAUGGAAAAUCAAAAAACAAAACUUAAAUCUUUGAUUUUUAAGUGUUUAGAAAUUAAGAGAGAAGCUAUGGAAUAAAUGAAAAAAUCUUUUGAGUAUUCAUGGCAGGUUGAAAAUCUUAAUAAAAGCUUUGUAAAUAUUAUAGAUUAGACUGAAAGUUUGUUAAUAGAUUUCUAUAACAAAUAUACCACACCAUAGAGUUAAUAAAUUUUAGUGUUUUUUGAAUCUGAAAUUAAAGGAAAUUUAAAAAAAGCAAAUUAAGUUAAAUAAGCUCAUAAAUAAAGUGAUAUUGCUUAAUAUUUAAAUAGUAAAAACAUGUUCAUAGAAGUAUUUUCUUAAGAUGUUAUAUCAAUAACAGCCACUGUUGGAAAAAAAUUAGGAAGAAUAGUUGGCUAUUCAGAUAAAGCACCAAGCGUCUUUGGAUAUAAAAAGUAAGAAUUUCAUUAUGUUUCUGAUAUCAAAGAAUUAAUGCCCAUUACUCUUGCAAGUGUUCAUGAUGAAGUAGUGAGAUUUAUGAUGAUUCGAGGAAAAUAUAAUGUUGUCCAUAUAGCAAGAACUGUAUUUCUAAAAAAUAAGUUUAAUUUCAUAUUCCAGGUUAAUAUAUUUGCUGAUAUAAAUUUUUUCUAUACAGAAGAACUUCCUUUCAUCUUUUUAGCUAAAGUCAUAAAAUCAAAUAGUGGUUUUUUGAUUGUCAGCAGCCGUGGAAAAGUAGAGGGUAUUUGUUAAAAUUUCUUCUCAAAAAUUGGUUAGCCUGUUGAAUCUCUACCAUAUGCAUAUAAAGUAGAUGUAUAGUAUAUACUACCUAAAUUUGAAGAGUUCAUCAAAAAUGCAAAACCUUUCAUAAAAUCAGAUUAUUCAGAUGUGGAUUUGAGUUUUCCUGAAACAAAGAGUGCUUUAUUUUAUGACUUGUUUUACAGAAAUAAAUCGUCAAAAUAAAACUUAUCAUCAACUGUACAACAAAAGGAUCAGGAUUUAGGUGGGCUUGAUUCUAUGAGAUCAUAAACUAGCUCAGUCAGAAAAAAACUAUUGCAAAAAGAAAUAGAUAUUUUAAAAUUUAAAACUGAUAUUAGCAUUUAAUAAAGAGUUUUAGGAACAACUAAAGGAGAUUUAGUUUAUUAUGUUGUAGAAAUAAAAUAAUUAUAACUUAACAACUAUAAAAAUUUGAACAAUUCUCUUUAUAGUUCUAAUUAAUCAGUUUAAAGACCAUUAAUGCAGAGUUAAAAAAGUAAUUUUUCUAGAAUUGAUAAGGAAACAGCUAAUUAAGUCGUGAGUUUAAAUUCAACUGAAUAAUUUGAAGAUGAAGGAUUAAAUCCUCCAAAAACUAAUUUUACAAGAGAUGAAACCAUAUUAGAAUCAGAACACGAAUCGAAAUAAUCCUCAAACUCAUAGACAAACAAUUUAAAAAGCGCUAAAUCAAUCAUAAAAAGUAAAACAAAAAACAAAAAUGGCAAGAAUAAAAAAGAUAACAAAAAGUUAAAUGAAAGUUUAGAUGCAAAUAAAGUUUUAGAUGAAAGCUCAGCUCAGCUUAUUUCAAAAGUUCAUGCUAAAGAUUUAAAUUAAUCUUUUGGCAUGAUAGAUACAACAAGAACAAUGGCGAGUGACAUAAUGAUUGAACACAGGUUUAAUUAACUUUAAGAAACUUUAAAUGGGUAGACUAAAUAAAAAGUAAAAAACCAAGCAAAUAAAGAAUAGAAUUCAGAUAGUGACAAUAAUGUAAAACAACAAGAAUUAGACGCUUCUCUUCUCUAAUAAGCUACAUUUUAAGAUUAAACUUAAAUUGUAGUUGACAUAAACCAAAUAAAGGAUACUAUAAAUUAUUAAUAGCAAAUUGAUUCAUAAGAAUAGAUUAAUUAAUAAAUGAUUGAUAAAAAUAAUGCAAGUGUAGUUACAGCUAAGAGCAAUAAAAGUAACAAAUCUAAGUCAGAAAAAAAAAAAUAAAAAGUAGAAUCACCAUCGAGAAUUUAAACUAAAUAAGAUUAAGCUAAAGACAGAUAUAAAAAAGUACAUAAACAAAUGCAAAGAGAAUAAUCUAUGAAAGAUAAUUCUUUGAGUAAAACUGAAACCAAGGAAGGAUUAGGUGAUAAACUUAAAGCAGAAGCUAGUUUAAACGGAAGUGAGAAUGAUAAAAUAAAGUAAAUAGAUAAAUUUUCAUACUUUGAAGCCUUUACAGAAUAAAAAUCACAACCUUCAUCUCUAAAAAUUUUGAAGAGUUUGAAAUUUUUUGAAUAUGUUUUAAUGAUUACAACAAGUAUUGUUUUAGCAAUUCAAAUCAAUAAAUCAUUAUAAUCAUUGAUAUCAGAUAUGGAAGGUAUUAUUUUCAGGAGCUAUUUAAUGAUGCCAUAUGCCUCCUUUACUUCAGCUGAAUUUAUUAUGAGGCACAUUAAGAGCUUCAAUACUUUUCCUAAUAAAUAAAAUGUAUUAUUGUAAUUAAAUCAAACUCUAGCUGAUUCCUAUCUGAGAAUUUUCACUAAUAUGACAUCUUCAUAUUAAUAAAAUAACCUAAUUGCAGAUUUUUCAGAUGAUUACAUUAAUCUUAUCAAUCCAUACUUAAUAAAUGCCAAUACAAAUAAUGAAUAAGAUAUAACUAAUUAGAAUAAAAUUGAUAUUAUAUCUUCUAAUUUCACCUUUGUGAACUCUUUAGGCUAGCUAUUUUAUCAUUUAAAUAGCAUUUUAGGGAUUGAUUUUGCAGUAGCUUAUUCUUAGAAUACGUAUGAAUACUAAUCUAUUUUAUUUGUAGAACACAACUAUAAAAAUUUUUUAGAAAACUGUUAAAAUUAUUCCUAAGAUUAAUAUUAAAGUACAUUGAAUAUCAAAGAUAAUCUGAAUGUAGCUGUUAUAGUUGUAUCUUCUAUCAUGAUAGUGUUUACUUUAAUCAUUUAUGUGGUGAUUAUCAUGAAUUUUGGGAUAUUCUAAAAGAGAAUGAUCUAAUUGUUUAACAUACUAACAACUGUGAAGACCAGCUAAGUAGAAAAUGAGAUGGCUAGAGUAUCUUCAAUUAUUGAAAGUCUAAAAGAAAAUGAUGAAAUUAUAGAAAAAUUCACAUUCAGCAUUAGGUAAAAAGAAUAUGUGCUCACUAAAUUUUCAAACCAAGAAGAAAGUUAAUCUUACUCAUAAGAUUCAAGUAAAAGAAAAGCUCUUCAUGUGAAAAUUAACCAGCAAAAGCUUUAAAACAUAAGGUUCUAUGUGGUUUCUUCCUUUACUAUGAUCUUGUUUUUCUUCUAUAUUCUGAUUAAUCUAAUUUACAACGUGGCCAUUUUCAGCACUUUUUAACCUGCUUUGUAAUAUUUAAGUAAUUUUGCUCAGCUUAAUUAGGAAGUUCCUUCGCUUUUAGCUUAUUCUAGCAUGAUAUACGAGUAAAAAUUGGGGAAUGAAUUGUUGUUUUAAAACUCAGAAAUAUAAAAAAUCUAAAACUAUUUUUAAGAAUCUCUUUAGUUUGUUAGUGAUUUUUCUCUUCAAAUUUACAAAAUAUAAUAAUUAUCUUUCUUUUCUUCAUCAUUUUCUAAUUCUUUUAGCCAAAAUUUGUAGUCAAAUUUAUGCCAUUACUAUCCUUAAAUGCAAACAGAUUAAUGUUAUUAGCUUUUUAAUGGUGUUUUGACUUAAGGCUUAGUCAAUUCUCUAAGUUUAUGGAAAGAAAAUUUCUUAAAAAUCCAAAGCAUUAAUUUUUAUAUUACCAACUCAUAAGAUUUUUACAUAAACUAACUUAAUUUAUUAUCUUUAAGCUAAGUACUUAAUGAAUCAACAACAUACUUUAUGAAAAAUUUAUAUGAUUAGAUGAAGAGUAAUAUAUAAAAUUAACAAAACACCAAUCUCUUAAUUGCUAUUCUAUUCUGUAUAAUAGUAAAUAUUCCUAAGAUUUAUGAGUUUUUUAUAGAAUUUAGUAUAAUAUCUAAUCGCUUCUAUAUUGCUAAAAAAAUUAUAUUUAUACUCCCUGCCUAUACCCUAAUGAUAGAAGAAACUUUUAACAAAAUGCUAAAAGCUAUUGGAAAUCAACUAAGUAUUAAAAAAUGA